UAUGGAUCGCAUGCUAAUAUAGUGGUCGUUCAUCAUCGGGGCAUCGGAAACAAGUUUAAGACAAUACAAUGCGCGAGGAUCGAUAUGAAAAGUGCUUGGCUGAAUGCCCAACUGCAAGGAGUCAAGCAUAUCGUUUUUCAGCAAGCCACUAGAUUAAGAUGCGUCAAACUCGUGGGUAAAGCAGGAUUGUCUAAGCUCCAGCCAGGUCCUUACUUUCAACUGUCCAAUCGAGGCAGCAAUAAGAAGCAUCGUGUCUUUGCUUCCUAUGCGACCAGUCUCCUCGCUCAGCCCUGGUCCACCUCACGAGCCAGAGCCCUAUGCAUGUUGCACAUCGCAAAUCUUAGCCCGCGAUCAUCGUCGACCCGGCGCCGCCAAGGUCUUGGCCAGUGCAUCUGUUGGAAUGCCGUUGAACCUUGAUUGGACUGGCCCGUCCAUCUUCAUGCACCCCAGGGUCAAUCGCCCUGCUCAGGUUUCUUCACCCAAGCAUUCCUUGAGCGUUUGAACAAGGUUUGUGCGGAAUGCACGUUGUAUCAAAUAGCCU